ACGGCAGUACGUGGGCACCUAUGUGGAGCGCGGCGUGUGUUUCUGGAUUCAGAGUUCUGACUCGGGUCGGCGUGUCAUCGCAGUUGGUCAAACUACACCCACUCGUGUCUGUUGCCCACAGCUCGUCUGUCUUUAGUCCAUGUGCCUCUGUGCUCGUCAGGGGUUUGAUGUCUAAACGAUCAGACAGCAGGAAGAUGUCAGAGCCCAUGGCGCAGCGGAUGGUCUGGGUGGAUUUGGAGAUGACAGGGCUGGACAUCGAGAAGGAUGAGAUUAUUGAGAUGGCCUGCAUCAUCACAGAUUCUGAUCUGAACAUCAUUGCAGAAGGGCCAAAUCUGAUAAUCAAUCAACCAGACGAGCUGCUUGACAGCAUGUCUGACUGGUGCAAAGAGCAUCAUGGGGAGUCAGGGUUGACUCAAGCUGUGCGGGACAGUACCAUCACCCUCCAGCAGGCAGAGUACGAGUUCCUGUCCUUCAUUAGACAGCACACGCCACCAGGACAGUGUCCUCUCGCAGGAAACUCUGUUCAUGCUGAUAAGAAGUUUCUGGAUAAGUACAUGCCGCAGUUCAUGCGCCACCUGCACUAUCGCAUCAUAGACGUGAGCACCAUUAAAGAGCUGUGCAGACGAUGGUUUCCAGAGGAGUACAAGCUCGCACCACAGAAAAAAGCAUCACACAGAGCGCUGGGAGACAUCCAGGAGAGCAUAAAAGAGCUGAAGUUUUACAGGGCGAAUGUUUUCAAACCUCACGUAGAGGAGAAGAAACGAAAAAUAGUUGAAAACGGUGAUAAGAAGACUGCGAGCUAAUUUAGAGAAGCUGAUCUGGAGUAAUGAUGUGGAAUUCUCAUGUCUGGAUGAAACCUGAGUGAUUACUUGAGAGAGUGAGAGCAAAGUUCCACGUUAACAUCCACGCUGUUAAUUUCCUGUUUUAUUUGUCAUCUCCACAAAUAGCUUCUUAAAAAAAAAAUCCAAAAAAAUCCUAAGGUUUCCGAGUUCCGCAAAUACGCCAUUGUUUUGAAGUUACUUUUAUCCUUUAAAUUCCACUGUAGGAAUCUAAUUUGUUACUUGUGUAAUGAAACAAGUGUGUUUGAGAUGGGUUCUUCUGUCUGAGAGUGUUAUCACACAGCUUCCCUUUUUUUUUUUUUUUU